UAUAAAAUAUAUAUUUCUUUUUCCUAUUCGUUCAAAUAGUCCGUUCAUAAUGAUACCAGUGUCAUCGUGUUAGUGAAAACAAUUUUCGCUUACACUGCCAUAAUGAUAGAAGCCUUCAUAAUUUGUUUCGCUGGAGAAUACCUUUGCCUUAAGAGUAAAUCAAUUGCUGAUGCAGCAUAUGAAUCAUUAUGGUAUGACAUACCACCGGAUCACGUUAAAAUUAUAUUGUUCAUGAUAAUGAGAUCCCAGAGGGGACUUGCGAUCACGGCAGGAAGAAUUACGAAUUUAUCUUUGGAAGCUUUCGCGAGUAUAAUGAAAGCAUCGGUAUCAUAUAUCUCAGUCUUGCAUGCAAUGUAUUGAUACGAAACAUGUGGUUGCGAUGCUACUAAAAUCAUGGUAUAGUUAGUUCGAAAAGCAAUUACUUAGAACUUAUUAGAAUUUAUUAAAAAAUUAAUAAUUAAACUAUUUAAAAAAUCCACAU